GCAUCAUGCUCCCUGUGAAAUGUUCCCUCUUCCUUCUGCUGUUCUUUCCCAAGUGCACAUUUGAGCUGUGCACAGACGGGACACCCAAAGAGUGCCAGGAUGCAGAAUUUGCUCCAGGUUCCAAUUUAGCUGGAGAAGGCUUCGACAUCACCAGUAUGGAGGGUAAGGGGGCUUUUGUGAUCAACAUGAAUCAAUGGAAACGCAAUGAUCAAGCUUGCACACUGUGUAGCAACCCUUAUAUGGACAACAGAAAGCAAAAGUUGCCUCUUUCUGUGGUGGAUUGGAGGGCAAAGCGUUCUUGCAGCAGCAAAGUGUCCAGUAAAGUUUACAAAUCUAGCGAGUCUCUGAUGGAGUCCACGACCUCUUCUAUUGAAAACAACUGGAAGAUGGGUCUCAAUUUUGGUUCAGCCUCAAAUCUGAUGUUGGCUGGAACCCAUUCUAAACUCGCUGGAUAUUCCAUGGACAAAACAAAAUCAGACAAAUUCAGAUUUACAACCCAAAGUGUGUCUUGUGAGUACUACAGUUACAGAGUAUCCAACACUCCAACUUUGCAAAAAGAAUUUCUCGAUUCAGUGAACCAGCUUCCUAAAGUCUACAGCCCACAAAGCAAGAAUAGCUAUUACCAUCUGAUUGACACCUUCGGCACCCAUUACAUCACCAAGGUGAAAAUGGGCGGGAUGGUGAAUGCAGUCACCAGCAUCCGUGAGUGUGAGGCCCACCUGGAAGGAAUUGAAGUGAGCGAGGUGGAGAUGUGCCUCAGAGUGGAAGCAUCUGCAACUAUAAGAAUAAAAACAGAGUCAUCUGAGCAUAAGCACUGCCAAACAAAAAAGGACAAGUCAGGAAGAAAAAUUAAAUUCUCCAACCACUUUACGGACAGGUUUACAGAAGUAAAGGGUGGUCAGAAAACAGAACCAGACCUCAUCUUCUCUGCCAACUCAGAUCCAUCAGCCUACAUGGAAUGGCUGAAUUCUGUGCCGCGGAUUCCCAACAUCAUUUCUUACUCCCUGGAUUCUCUUCAUGAGUUAAUCCCUAAGAAUGACCCUGUCAGGGAAAACCUGCGCUCUGCCAUCAGCCAUUACAUCCUGGAGAAAGCCCUGUUGAAGAGCUGCACUGAUCCUUGUCAGGCAGGGAGGAAGAGCAGUUCAAGAGAACCCUGCGUCUGCCAGUGCCACAAUAACCCUGCUGUGACCCGGGACUGUUGUGCAACUCAGAGGGGCAAUGCCCGCGUUAUCAUUACAGCUUUGCGGGCUUCCAACCUAUGGGGAGAUACCACUACCUCCACAGAUGCCUAUGUGAAAGUGUUUAUUGGUAAACUGGUUGGUCGUACUUGUGUCAUCUCCAACAAUAACAACCCAGAGUGGAAGACGGGUCUUGAUCUGGGAAACCAGGUUCUAUCAGAAGGACACAAACUGAAGUUUGAAGUUUGGGAUGAGGAUAACACAUGGGAUGAUGACCUCCUUGGGAAAUGUGAGCGAGAUCUGACAGCAGGCACCAUGAGUGGUAUGUGUGCCCUUGACAAUGGUGAACUAUUCUUUAACUGGAAAGUAGAAUGUGCUCCAAAUCUGAGUGGUAGUUACUGCCAGAAUUACCAAAGCAGUCCAAUGAAUGAAAACCUGAAGGAGCUGUACAGGUCCAGGCACUCCCGUCCUAUUCCCAAAUACUUCCUCCAACAGAUGGGUGUGUUUGUGAACAAAUCCACUUCAAGGAAAAGCCAGAAUCUCGUGAAAAUCUAUGAUGUCAACAACAAGCAUUCUAACUUUAGCAAAGAGAAUUUCCUUUAA